AUGUCGCUGGAUGUUGCUGUGGGGACAAUUAAGCUGGGGAAGGCAAAGGUGACGACUGCUGGUGCAUCUGGCUCGUAUUCGCGUAAUGUCGCCUCUACAACACCACAGAUUAAGAUGACCACUGAUGCACUGGAGGACCAUGCGAUAGGUCGUUCACCCAAGGAAUUGUCCCAGCCAUGCACAGCCACCUGCAGUGGGUUUGCUGAAGGUAUUGUGUCAUGGAUCCUAAUACGGAUGUCUGCAAGUGCUGCAAUCAGGUGCGGAGCGCCCAUAUACGGCGUUCCUGCUAUGACAGCGACUGCCACAGAUAAGGAAGGGCACAUAAUACCCACACCAGGCCAAGGGAUUCUGAUGAUAGCUCGGGAGUCACCUACAGGUGAUAUAUCUCCGUUUCUUAACAUUAGCCUUCGUCGUCAGGAACGUCAAAAAAUAAUUGCUUCAAUCAAAUCGUGGGCUGAUGCCAAGCAUAGUCAAUUGGGUGGCAAAAGUGACUUUACCAACACUCGCGUAAAGUGUAUUGAGAGCAAGGUUCGGCAAAUGAUCAAAAAUGCGCAAGGCGAACAGAGCAACAAAUUCUGGAGGAACGAUCCCACCAUUUUCUCAUUGUGCAGCUCGCUCGCAACAUGGAGGCUGACAAUAGUUGCAAGUGGUAAAAACGAUCCCCAUGUGAUCAACCAGCAGCUCAAGAAGCUUGGCCGUACACAUGGAUAUGCUGUUCCUGUAGUAUGCCAGAAGUGGCUGGCUGGACACCCCAGAAUGCUACCAGCGGCCUGGAUGCUCAACAGUAUGAUUCAGUGCAUGCAAACAGGAAUCGUGCCAGGAAAUCGCAAUCUAGAUAACGUCAUAUCUGAACUUGUAGAAUACAGCCACCCUGUUUCCCCAAGCAGGUCAAUCCAGACGCCAGGGAUUAGUACCACUCUUCAUACACCAUUUAGAUUCGGUCAGGUUGGUGGAGAGAUUCCUGUUCCCAUUCAGACUAUGUGCACGCAGUUCUUUCACAAGAAGCACUUGGUCAGCACCGGUACAAGGUGA